CCUAAAUCUUGUGAAGCUCUGUAUCUUGUCUUGACUUGAUCCAAAAUUAAAGAUUUGCAGUCUUUUCCAUAACUAGUCACUUUGCGCUAAUAAUUUUUUUAAUAGUGCUUGAUUUGCCGGAAUACAAUUAAAGGUAUAGAAAAAAUGGCUGAUGAAAGCAUACUUAACGAUUCGAACCUUGGAAUUCUUGGAUCAAAUGAUGAUGAUUCGGAACUAAUUGUUGAGGAUGAUUACCUUAAAGGAGCCGAGAUGCAGAUCGAUCCGGAGCUAGAAGCUAUUAAAGCUCGUGUUAAAGAAAUGGAGGAAGAAGCCGAAAAACUGAAGCAACUUCAAUCUGAAGUUACUAAACAGAUGACAUUAGGAUCCCCCACCGGUGUUACCCCAGUUUUGACUGCCGAAGAAAAGGCUGAAAUCGACAAUCGUUCAAUCUAUGUCGGGAAUGUUGAUUAUGGAGCAACUGCUGAGGAACUAGAAGCUCAUUUCCACGGUUGUGGUACAAUUAACCGUGUGACAAUACUAUGUAACAAAGCGGAUGGUCACCCGAAAGGAUUCGCUUACAUCGAGUUUGGUUCCAAGGAAUUUGUAGAAACAGCUCUAGCAAUGAAUGAGACACUUUUCCGAGGACGACAAAUUAAAGUAAACCCAAAACGUACCAACCGACCAGGAAUGUGCGUCACAAAUAGGUACCCUCGCGGUAGCAUUCGUGGUCGAGCUACAAGAGUUUCGCGAGCUUGCUGCUACGGAGGUCAUCGCGGAUCCCGAAGGCCAGCUCGUGGAUACCGAGGAAGAGCUUUCUACGCCCCGUAUUAGGAAUCAGCCGGGAUGUCGUUAAAUUUGCAGGCAAAAUUUACGUUUAUUUUUUAGCUUAAAAUAACCAACUAAAACCGCACGAGGACCUGGGAUUGAAAAUAUAAAUUGUCAAAAUAAUGUCUAUUCAAAAAACAUUAUUUGUCUUCGCAUAUUCUCAAUAAGUAAAAAGAAGGCCACAGUUUGCCUCAGAUGCAAAUUCAAAUUUCCCACAUAAACAGAUCACUAACCGCAAGCCAUUGUCCAGUAAUCGCCGGCAUGAAUAAUGUUUUUUGAAGCAGUUCAAAACGGAACACCUAAAGAGUGAAAUGCCACAACACUUCAAAAUAUAUAUAUUUCCACAAAAAAAAACAACAAAAAGAUGCGGAUCAAAGCAAAAAAGACAUGGCGCAAAAAGAUGGCACUUUAAAACAAAAAAAAAUAAAAAGAUUGCAAAAAAACGUAAAAGAUGGGAAAUCUAACUUACGAUCCGCCAUUAUUUGUUAAAAAAUAAUGAGUCGAGAAAAGAAGACAAGUGUUUGAAAAAAAGAUAUGCAAUCGAAAAGAAAAGAGGACACGGAGAGCCCACUACAAAAAAAUAAGGAGCAACAAAAAACGACUAGGAAGAUUUAUGAAAGAUACAUAAAACAAAGUAAAUU